AUGAUGAAAAGUAUCUUUCUCACUUUGCCAUUUCUUUGGCUCGGAGCCCUCAAUGUCUCUGCUUCCGAUGAUGCGCUUGUAGCACAAGGCACCAGCAGCAAUGGGCCACUCAAGCAGCUUGGAGAGGUCUGCGGGAAAAGCAACCCCUGUGUCGACGGAAUGGAAUGCAUCCCCUUGCCCAUUCGAAAGAAAUGUUUCCCCCACACGUGUGUCCUUAACGCGGUUUUGACGGCCUUUGAAAAGGAAGGCUUUGAUUUGGCGUCCUAUGGGGAAGCCAUGAUGAAUCUAUCGGGAGUCGAGCGCAACAGUCCCAUGUUUAAACCCUUUCCCGGCGCGGAACGCUUGGAUGUGAUGGACGGAAACUCCACUGACAUGGGCAGGUUCUUGAAUGUCAUCAAGGAUAAUCCGCCGCCGUUGCAAGCCGUGCAAAAUGAGUUGGUCUAUUGCAAUACACAGUCCACAAAAAGACAAGCAAAUAAUGAUACCACUCUGUACUAUGGAGCUAGCUGGGAGGCGGGAGCUAUUGCAACCUACGAAGGUGAUGUUCUGUUGGCCCAAGGACCAGCCGAUACGGAACAGAUUGCCGUCUUGAACAAUUGUUUCGGCUUCAUCCUGGGUGCCGAAGCUGGAAUUUCAGGAUUGCUGGGGGUCGCCUUUACCAACACGGCGCAAGAUCUCCUCGAGGGUUGCAAGCAAAUGAUUCCCCUUCUUUCCGUGACACCGUUUUCUCUCCAGGUGGGUUUCAUUGACUGCGAAGACCCAACGUGGCUCGUGGAGAUGACUGCAGGGUUCACGGGAGGGUUUGCGUUGCCGGGUAAGUGCUUGGAAAAUUUGAAUUCGAGUGUGUGUCGCUCCACUGUGCUUAAAAACAGUUCACUCACCGUUUGGGUUUCGGGGCUGCACUAA